AUGCAGGCUUCCAGUAUCCUGCCAGUGUCAGGUGUGUUGCAGCCAGGAGAGAGCCAGCAGGUCUCCUUGCCCUUCUCUGGCCACCUCAACAGCAUCUCCAGUGCCACGGCGCUGUGCCACGUGGAGGGAGGCCCCAGCUCCGAGGUGCUGGUGCCCGGGGAGGCCUCACGUGUCAGCUGCUCCCCGAGCCCCCAGGAGAUCAACUGUGGCUCUGGGGCACCUCUCAGGGAGAGAAGGGAGCUGAAGCGGCCGGCUCCAAAGCUUGAGGAGGAGACAAAAGCCUUGGCGGAGGAAGAGAGGCAGAAGGAGAAAGAGAAGCAGAAGAAAGCAAAGAAGGGUGUCUCUGUGGGGAAGGAACCUCCAAAAGCAGAGAAGGGGAAAACCAAACCCCCAGAGAAGAAGGAAAGCAAGGCCCCAGAGAAGAAGGAUACCAAAAUCCCAGAGCGGAUGGAAACCAAAGCCCCAGACAAGAUAGAAACCAAACUCCCAGAAAAGAAAAGCAAACCUCCAGAAAAGAAGGAAACCAAAUUCCCAGAGAGGAAGGAAAGCAAGGCCCCAGAGAAGAAGGACACCAAAGCAUUAUUAGAGAAGAAGGAAACUAAAUUCCCAGAGAAGAAGGAAACCAAAGCUCCAGAGAAGAUUGAAAACAAACUCCCAGAAAAGAAAUACAAACCUCCAGAAAAGAGGGAAUCCAAAUUCCCAGCAAAGAAGGAAACCAAAGCUCCAGAGAAAAUUGAAAACAAACUCCCAGAAAAGAAAUACAAGCCUCCAGAGAAGAGGGAAUCCAAAUUCCCGAAGGAGAAGGAAACCAAAGCUCCAGAGAAGAUUGAAAACAAACUCCCAGAAAAGAAAAACAAACAUCCAGAUAAGAGGGAAUCCAAAUUCCCAGAGAACAAGGAAACCAAAGCUCCAGAGAAGAUUGAAAACAAACUCCCAGAAAAGAAAUACAAACCUCCAGAAAAGAGGGAAAUCAAAAUCCCAGAGAGGAAGGAAAGCAAAGCACCAGAGAGGAAGGAAUUGAAAAUCCUAAAGAAGGAAACCAAAUCUCCAGAGAAGAGAAGCAAAGCUCCAGAAAAGAAGGAAACCAAAUGCCCAGAGAGGAAGGAAAUCAAAAUCCCAGAGAAGGAAAGCAAGGCACCAAAAAAGAAGGAACCCAAAGCCCCAAAGAAGGGGGAAGCCAAAGUGCCAGAGAAGAGAGAGACCAAAACCCAAAGAAGAAGGAACCCAAAGCCCCAAAGAAGGGGGAAGCCAAAGCCUGAAAGAAGGGAGGAACCAAAAUCCCAGAGAACCCAGCUGAGCUGGAGAAGAACUCUUUAUUUUAUUCACACAACUUAUUUUAUACAGUUUGACAAACCUAAUGUGCCACUUUAGUUAGUUAAUAGAUUUCUUAUUAUUAGUUAUGCCAGUUAUUCUGUUGGAUAAUAAAAUAUAUUUUACUUGUGCAUCAAA